GGCUGCGACUGCUUCCGAGGUCAUGUUCCCGGGACGCGCGCGUCUUCAAGGUGGAAGCCUGGCGCACGUCCGGAGGUGCCGAGGACCCAACCAGCCCAAACUCUGGGGGAAAUGACUCCCCUCUGCCCUCGCCCCGCGCUCUACCAAUUCCUUCCGUCUCUGCUUCGAGCGAUGCAAAACGCGCGAGGCGCAUGGCAGAGGGCCGAGGCCGCGGUACUCUCCGGGCCAGGCCCGCCCCUCGGCCGCGCCGCGCAGCACAGGACUCCCCGUCCGCUGUCCAGCGCUGGCCGCCUGAGCCGAGGCUGCCGCGGAGCCAGUACAGUCGGGGCCGCGGGCUGGAAGGGCGAGCUUCCUAAGGCAGGGGGAUGCCCGGCGCCCGGGCCGGAGACACCCGCCAUUUCACCCAGUAAGCGGGCCCGGCCUGCGGAGGAGGGCGGCAUGCAGCUCCGCUUUGCCCGGCUCUCCGAGCACGCCACGGCCCCCACCCGGGGCUCCGCGCGCGCCGCGGGCUACGACCUGUACAGUGCCUAUGAUUACACAAUACCACCUAUGGAAAAAGCUGUUGUGAAAACGGACAUUCAGAUAGCGCUCCCUUCUGGGUGUUAUGGAAGAGUGGCUCCACGGUCAGGCUUGGCUGCAAAACACUUUAUUGAUGUAGGAGCUGGUGUCAUAGAUGAAGAUUAUAGAGGAAAUGUUGGUGUUGUACUGUUUAAUUUUGGCAAAGAAAAGUUUGAAGUCAAAAAAGGUGAUCGAAUUGCACAGCUCAUUUGCGAACGGAUUUUUUAUCCAGAAAUAGAAGAAGUUCAAGAGCUGGAGAGGAAAAUUGAAAGAGGCUCUUAAAAAAACCGUGAAGCUUACUACCUGUCUAUCUUUCAGGCCUUGGAUGACACCGAAAGGGGUUCAGGAGGUUUUGGUUCCACUGGAAAGAAUUAAAAUUUAUGCCAAGAACAGAAAACGAGAAGUCAUACCUUUUUCUUAAAAAAAAAAAAAAAAAGUUUUUGCUUAAAGUGUUAAUGGUGUUUCGCACUUCUGUAAACUUACUAGCUUUACCUUCUAAAAGUACUGCAUUUUUUAUUUUUUUUAUGAUCAAGGAAAAGAUCAUUAAAAAAAACACAAAGUUUUUCUUGGUGUUUGGAUCAAAAAGAAACUUUGUUUUUCUGCAAUUGAUGGUUGUAUGUAAAUCUGCUUUGUGGUGACCUGAUAUAAACAGUGUCUUAUUAAAAUCAAAUGUACAUCAAUUACAGAUUCAAAAAAAAAAAGCCUGUAUUUAACUCAAAUGAUCCCCCUUCAGCAACUUAUUUUGCUUUAAUUGCUUUAAAUCUUUUUUUUUUUUUUUUUAAUUAUACUUUACGUUUUAGGGUACAUCUGCACAAUGUGCAGGUUAGUUACAUAUGUAUCCAUGUGCCAUGUUGAUUUCCUGCACCCAUUAACUCGUCAUUUAGCAUUAGAUAUAUCUCCUAAUGCUGUCCCUCCCCCCUCCCCCAACCCCACAACAGUCCCCGUAGUGUGAUGUUCCCCUUCCUGUGUCCAUGAGUUCUCAUUGUUCAAUUCCCACCUAUGAGUGAGAACAUGCGGUGUUUGGUUUUUUGUCCUUGUGAUAGUUUACUAAGAGUGAUGUUUUCCAGUUUCCUCCAUGUCCCUACAAAGGACACGAACUCAUCAUUUUUUAUGGCUGCAUAGUAUUCCAUGGUGUAUAUGUGCCACAUUUUCUUAAUCCAGUCUAUCGUUGUUGGACAUUUGGGUUGGUUCCAAGUCUUUGCUAUUGUGAAUAGUGCCGCAAUAAACAUACAUGUGCAUGUGUCUUUA